GCAAAAAAGCUGCAAAAAUUUGAGGCCAAGAAAGAGGGCUGGUUAAAAAACCAAAAAAAAAAUAAAACCACCUCACAUGUCAUGGAUGAGGCAUCUGUGUUGCUGGAAAAAUUGCAGACACUGGGACACAGAGCUGUAGUGAUUGUUGCCAAACCAGGCAAAAAGCCUGCCACUUGGCACACACAGGUUGUGCACCCCAAGUGGCAGUUGACGGCUCAAGCUGCAAAGUGCCUUGAUAGAAUGAAGGCCCUAUUUGAGUUGCUGAUCACUGGUUGGACAAACCAGCAGCCCUCCACCGGCUCAGCCAUCCAGCCCUCCACUGCCACUGCCAUCGAGCCCUCGACCUCUGUCGUCCAGCCCUCCACUGCCACUGCCAUCGAGCCCUCGACCUCUGUCGUCCAGCCCUCCACUGCCACUGCCAUCGGCCCCUCGACCUCUGUCGUCCAGCCCUCCACUGCCACUGCCAUCGAGCCCUGGACCUCUGUCGUCCAGCCCUCCACUGCCACUGCCAUCGGCCCCUCGACCUCUGUCGUCCAGCCCUCCACUGCCACUGCCAUCGAGCCCUGGACCUCUGUCGUCCAGCCCUCCACUGCCACAGCCAUCGAGCCCUCGACCUCUGUCGUCCAGCCCUCCACUGCCACUGCCAUCGACCCCUUGACCUCUGUCGUCCAGCCUCCGCUGCCAUCCUGCCCUCCUACCAUCAAACCUUCCACCUGUCCUGGCAUCCAUCCCUCUACCACGCAUCAUGGCAUUCAGCCCACCACCAGUCCUGAGCACACAGUUGCUAAAAAGAACCAGGGUUUGCCUCCGAAGAAGAAACCAAGGAAAGAUUCACCUGGAGAAUGCAGCCAUAUGAUCGGGGGAAAGGACCAGUAUUAUCCAGUGAAGCGCGUCGUAAAGACGAAAAUGCAGAAGGGGAAGCAAAUGGAGUUGGUGGAGUGGGAGCCCUGUUCCAUGUGUGGAAAGAUGUGGCCUCUGCAGUGGGUGGCAAAGGAAAACACAAAAGAUGACACCUAGACAUCUUCACACACGCACCCGCACGCAUGCACACAAACACACACACACACACACACAUAAACACCAAGCACUUUUGU